AUGCCUGUACAGACGCUGGAUCUCUCUGAAAAAUGCGAUGAGCUCUUGUCUCUCCUGAAACGCGUAUCUUCGGCGAAGCGGUUCGUCGUGGUCACUGGGGCUGGAAUCUCAGUAAACUGCGGCAUCCCCGAUUUCCGCUCCUCUGGCGGCAUAUUCCAGCAGAUACAAAAGAGGCACCCGAACCUGGUAACCAGCGGACGUGACCUGUUUGAUGCAUCAGUUGUAUUCCGGUCGCAGAAAGCGGCUGAUGUAUUUUACGAGUGGAUGACCAGCCUGCGAGGACAAUUCAGGAAGGCAGAGCCAGGCCCUGUGCACAGGUUUAUCAGGACGCUGGCGGAUCGCGGAUCAUUGCUACGGAACUACACGCAGAAUAUCGACGGAUUGGAGGCCAAAGCCGGGCUAAAUGUGUGGGAUCCAAACGGCGAUGUAGCGUGGCAAAAGGCAGACACCGUGCCGCUGCAUGGCAGCAUGGAGCAUUUGAAAUGCCAGCUGUGCUCGAGCACGUACCCGUUUGACGGCAACCUGGGUGCCGGCGACGCGUGCCUGGAUUGCUCAACCCGGUCUUCGAUCCGCGAAGCUAUGGGCCGGCGCGCAUUGCCAUCGGGGAAGCUCCGCCCCACUGUUGUUCUAUACGAGGAGCCGCACCCGCAUAGCGAGGAUAUUGCCAAGAUAAUAUCGCACGAUACGCGCGCUCUUUCGUCACGCCGCAGCACAUCCAAGCUGACCGACGUGCCUGGGUGCAAGCAGCUGGUGAAGCAACUGGCAGGCGCGGCGACGCUGACGGUGGUGGUUAACAAUGAGCCGGUGUGCGGGAAGGCUUGGGAUAGCGUUGUUGAUUUCCAGGUUAUCGGGGCUGCUGAGGAGUGGUGCGCCAAGGUCGAACGGCUGUGGAACGCGCAGACAAAGAUAACGCAGUGGACCAAGGCACGCAAGAGCGCGAAUGUGCUACGGGAGACAGGCAAGAGCAGGGUGGCCAAGGAGAAUGCUGUGAAGAAAGAGGACGCCCCUGCCAACUCCAAGACGCCUACGGGCUCAAAGAAGCGCUCUAGGGGUACCGACGACGGCGAUAAUAAUGCUGAUAAGGAGACACAGCCCAAGAAGGCAAGGCGGCACCAGAACGACGAAAACUAUGUCAUUGACCAUUCGGCUUGCCGUUCACUCCGCUUGGCCGAGAAAAAGGAUCUCAGACCGACAGUCUGCUUGUAA